CUGGGCACUCAACCAUGAGAUUCCAUUCCCUUCUUUCUGUUCUUCUCAUCUUUGUGACUAUAAUGCCAAAAGGACAGACCGGUGUUAUUCCAGGGAAAAAACAGUGUAUUCUUUUGAAGGGGGUGUGCAAAGACGGAGGCUGCACCUCCACAGAUGACACCAUCGGUGUAUGUAACGAAGAAAAAAAGUGUUGUAGGAAAUGGUGGAUACUUGAACCGUAUCCAACGCCGAUUCCCAAAGGAAAAUCUCCUUAGAUAGGAGCAGACUGAAAGUUCUUUGAACUUCAGAAUGAAUGGAUAAGUUUCACAGACUCCUGUUUAACCCAAUUUACAUUUCUCCCUGGAUUGGAAAUAAAUGUUAUUCUAAUUGUACUGAAC